UGAAAAAUCUGAAGCGUCCGGAUUGAUCAUCAUCGGCGCCACCGAAACCGGACCCUCCAACACUCCCACGUUUACCCUGCAAAACGCAAAAAUACUUGAGCAUGAUCUUCCAAUCUGCUGCAAUUUUGGCCGGGGAUUGAGCUUUAGACGUAUAUUCUGAAAAAUGCAGAGUGGUCGUCAGGGAAUUAUUCGAGCUCGAGAUGGGUUUCCUGACAUUUACAGGAGGGAGGUGGGCUGGUCGCAUCCUCGCGAUUUUGCUCGACGAUUUCUGGCUUCCGAGGCCAUAGUAAAGCAAAUGAAUUUGUAUGGGAAGUUAAAUGGUCAUGAAGGGUGCGUAAAUGCUGUGGAGUUUAACUCUACUGGUGAUCUUCUUGUCUCCGGUUCUGAUGACCAGCGAGUUAUGUUUUGGAAUUGGGCAUCCAAAACUAAGCUGUUUGAAUAUCCUUCUGGUCACUCUGACAACAUAUUUCAGACAAGAAUUAUGCCAUUCUCUGAUGACCGCAAAAUAGUGACUUCUGCUGGUGAUGGCGAGGUAAGGCUUGGCCAUCUCUCAGAGGAUGGUUUGAUUGAAACUACCAUGUUGGGGAAGCACCAAGGUUCUGUAUACAAGCUCGCUUUGGAGCCAGGAAGUCCUCACAUACUGUAUAGCUGCGGUGAAGAUGGUUUUAUUCAACAUUUUGAUUUGCGAAGUAGUUCUACUACAAAACUUUUCCGUUGCUCCUCAUUGACAGGGAAUAAUAAACAACCAUCAAGCAGGAUAAGGCUGAAUUCCAUUGUGAUUGAUUCAAGAAAUCCAAAUUACUUUGCGAUUGGAGGAUCUGAUGAAUAUGCACGUGUUUAUGACAUAAGAAAAUGCCUAUUGGAUGUGACAAGUAAUUUAGAUAGACCUGUUUACACCUUUUGUCCUCACCACUUAAUUGGCUCAAAUCAUGUCCAUAUAACAGGAUUGGCUUACUCAAGCCUGAGCGAACUCGUUGUUUCUUACAAUGAUGAGCUCAUCUAUUUAUUUCAGAAGAAUACGGGGUUGAGUUGUUCACCUUCCUCUGCUACAUCUGAGGAGUUGGAGAAACUUAAACAGGCACAAGUUUACUCUGGUCACAGAAACGCACGGACAGUUAAAGGGGUGAGCUUCUUCGGUCCUAAUGAUGAAUAUGUUUUGAGCGGUUCAGAUUGUGGUCAUAUUUUCAUCUGGAAGAAGAAGGAUGCUAAGCUGGUGAGAUUAAUGGUAGGUGAUCAACAUGUUGUAAAUCAACUUGAGGCCCAUCCAUAUAAUCCAGUUCUUGCUACUUGCGGUAUCGAAAAUGAUGUGAAAAUCUGGGCUCCUCAUGCGAGUGAUGUUCCUCCAGUUCCUGAGAAUGCACAAGAGAUAAUGGAGGGAAAUAGACAUGGGAGAGAAGAUCGAUCACGUGUAACUCUAACUCCUGAUGUUGUAAUGCAUGUUCUGCGCUUGCAGAGGCGGCAGACACUGGCAUAUAUUGAAAGGAGUUACAGUAGAGCUGAUAUUGUGAGGGAUGAAGAAAAUACAGAGGGCUACUUCUUGGGAGUCUUAGAUGAUGCCUCUUCUGAUGAGGAAAUUUUGGGAAAUUCUAGAGAUUGCAACGUUAGCUAGGGUUAAGGAAGUGGAUAUCAUUGCUGAUGGCUGGUUAGUAUUGUGAAAACAAAAAUUAGAGCUUCGCGCUUUUAAGGCAGAAUUAUGUACAUACAAGAUGUGUAUAAACUUAAUGUGAUGGCCUCGUCAUAAUGUAUAAACUUUAGUUGAGGAUUGCACGUCCUCUUGGCGUGGAAUUCCCCCCCCCCCACCUUUUUGGUGUGUUGUUUCUCCCGUGUACUUAAUUCAUGUGCUUCUCUCA